AAUCCGCUCAGCCGGCAUCGAGUGCGCGUCGGAUUGCUGUAACAUUUUACCAGUUCGUGGUACAAAGGUGCAAUCGAAACAGAAAUUCAAAUCAGGAGCAACACAAUGCAGAUUCUUCGCUGAGAGAGACAGAGAGAGAGGGAGAGAGAGAGAGAGAGAAAGAGAGAGGGAGAAAGAGAGAAAGAGAGGGAGGAAGGAGUAUAAAGAGAUAAUAUGUGUCUAUUAUUAUUCGUUCAUAUAAUGAUAACAGUGAUAAUAGUGAAUAACGAAAAAAAACAGUGAUCGAUCGUGUUCACCAAAACAGUGUUUGCGCACAGAAGUUUGAAUUUGAUAGUUGAAAAAGUAAUCAGACUUUUUCCUAUUGGAAUCAAAAGAAUGCAUAUACGGGGUGAUGCUUCGCUCUCCGUGGGAGCGGAGCUUAGAUCGAUCCAAGAAGUCCUCAAAAGAUAUCAUGGAGACUUGGUAACGACAGGAAGCCCCACCAUCAUGUGUAGUUCGCUACCGACUCACUGGAGAUCAAACAAGUCUCUUCCGGUGGCAUUCAAGGUCAUAGCUCUCGACGAAGUCGCGGACGGAACACAAGUUACCAUCAAGGCUGGCAACGACGAGAACUGCUGUGGCGAACUGAGGAAUUGCACGACGACCAUGAAGAACCAGGUCGCCAAGUUCAACGAUCUCAGAUUCGUCGGUCGCAGCGGGAGAGGAAAAUCAUUUUCUCUAACGAUCCAGAUCAACACAAUGCCGUACCAAGUGGCCACGUAUGCCAAAGCUAUCAAGGUUACAGUAGACGGACCACGCGAACCGAGAUCCAAGUCGAAUUAUCAGUAUAGCACCAAUUUCGCUGGAAUUCCUGCUAUAUUUACCAAUCCCUGGAUGGAUCCCAUAUACUUUGGAUCAACUUGGCACUCUUUGUCGCAUCCAGCUGCUUUAAUUAAAGGAACGGUGCCACCCCACGAUUUAUUCAAUCCGGCCUUCUCGUCAAUUUUGCCAUGUCCGUUUGAAUAUAAUGUGAAUUAUCCCGAGUACGCGGCGUUGAUGACCAAUGCAUCGACGGCGAACGCGAUGUCGUCGGUUCUGACAUCGCUCGCGCCGAGUCCGUCCAGAACACCGCCCAGCCCGAGUGAAUCUGGUAGCGGCGAGUCCGCGACCGAAGAGGUGCGAAGUGCCUUCGUGCCUCUUCGACACAACACCUUGCCGCCGAGCACGUCGUCGUCGUCGUCGUCGCCAGACAGAAAUGCCAAAAGACAAAUCGAGGGCACGAGAAACGAAUUGAAGGCGCCCACCGCGCUCAUAUCCCACAAAUUAUCGUCCUCGCAGAGGAGUCCGUCGCCGACGAAAAUCACGCCGCCGUCUACGAAAGCAGUCGUCUGGAGGCCGUAUUAGAAAUUGUAGAUCCACGAUAGCAAGGUCUCGAAAAAUAUCGUGAAAGAAGGCUAGUGAAAACCGCCAUGGUAGACGAAAAAAAUUAAUAAUAAAUUAUUAUAUGAUGUAUAUUAUAUAAUGUAUAUGUAUAUUGAUAUAGGU